AUGCAAUUUAACACAAAAGUCAUCAACAGUUUCAUAGUCAUCUACAAGUACACAGUCAUCUACAAGUACACAGUCAUCUACAAGUACACAGUCAUCUACAAGUACACAGUCAUCUACAAGUACCCAGUCAUCUACAAGCACAUAGUCAUCUACAAGUACACAGUCAUCUAUAAGUACACAGUCAUCUACAAGUACACAGUCAUCUACAAGUACAUAGUCAUCUACAAGUACACAGUCAUCUACAAGUACACAGUCAUCUACAAGUACACAGUCAUCUACAAGUACACAGUCAUCUACAAGUACACAGUCAUCUACAACUACACAGUCAUCUACAAGUACACAGUCAUCUACAAGUACACAGUCAUCUACAAGUACACAGUCAUCUACAAGAACACAGUCAUCUACAAGUACACAGUCAUCUACAAGAACACAGUCAUCUACAAGUACACAGUCAUCUACAAGAACACAGUCAUCUACAAGUACACAGUCAUCUACAAGUACACAGUCAUCUACAAGUACACAGUCAUCUACAAGUACACAGUCAUCUACAAGUACACAGUCAUCUACAGGUACACAGUCAUCUACAAGUACACAGUCAUCUACAAGUGCACAGUCAUCUACAAGAACACAGUCAUCUACACCUUCACAGUCAUCUACACCUUCACAGUCAUCUACAAGUACACAGUCAUCUACAAGUACACAGUCAUCUACAAGAACACAGUCAUCUACAAGUACACAGUCAUCUACAAGUACACAGUCAUCUACACCUUCACAGUCAUCUACAAGUACACAGUCAUCUACAAAUACCCAGUCAUCUACACCUUCACAUACACAGUCAUCUACACCUUCACAGUCUUCUACAAGUACCCAGUCAUCUACAAGAACACAGUCAUCUACAAGUACACAGUCAUCUACAAGAACACAGUCAUCUACAAGUACACAGUCAUCUACAAGUACACAGUCAUCUACAAGUACACAGUCAUCUACAAGAACACAGUCAUCUACAAGUACACAGUCAUCUACAAGUACACAGUCAUCUACAGGUACACAGUCAUCUACAAGUACACAGUCAUCUACAAGUACACAGUCAUCUACAAGUACACAGUCAUCUACAAGAACACAGUCAUCUACAAGUACACAGUCAUCUACAAGUACACAGUCAUCUACAAGAACACAGUCAUCUACAAGUACCCAGUCAUCUACACCUUCACAGUCAUCUACAAGUACACAGUCAUCUACAAGAACACAGUCAUCUACAAGUACACAGUCAUCUACAAGUACACAGUCAUCUACACCUUCACAGUCAUCUACAAGUACACAGUCAUCUACAAGUACACAGUCAUCUACACCUUCACAGUCAUCUACAAGUACACAGUCAUCUACAAGUACACAGUCAUCUACAAGUACACAGUCAUCUACAAGUACUCAGUCAUCUACAAGUACACAGUCAUCUACAAGUACCCAGUCAUCUACAAGUACACAGUCAUCUACAAGUACACAGUCAUCUACACCUUCACAGUCAUCUACAAGUAUACAGUCAUCUACACCUUCACAGUCAUCUACAAGUACACAGUCAUCUACAAGUACACAGUCAUCUACAAGUACACAGUCAUCUACAAGAACACAGUCAUCUACAAGUACACAGUCAUCUACAAGAACACAGUCAUCUACACCUUCACAGUCAUCUACAAGAACACAGUCAUCUACAGGUACACAGUCAUCUACACCUUCACAGUCAUCUACAAGUACACAGUCAUCUACACCUUCACAGUCAUCUACAAGUACACAGUCAUCUACAAGUACACAGUCAUCUACAAGUACACAGUCAUCUACACCUUCACAGUCAUCUACAAGAACACAGUCAUCUACAAGAACACAGUCAUCUACAAGUACACAGUCAUCAACAAGUACACAGUCAUCUACACCUUCACAGUCAUCUACAAGUACACAGUCAUCUACACCUUCACAGUCAUCUACAAGAACACAGUCAUCUACAAGAACACAGUCAUCUACAAGAACACAGUCAUCUACAAGAACACAGUCAUCUACAAGUACACAGUCAUCUACAAGUACACAGUCAUCUACAAGCACACAGUCAUCUACAAGAACACAGUCAUCUACACCUUCACAGUCAUCUACAAGAACACAGUCAUCUACAAGUACACAGUCAUCUACACCUUCACAGUCAUCUACAAGUACACAGUCAUCUACAAGUACACAGUCAUCUACAAGUACACAGUCAUCUACAAGUACACAGUCAUCUACAAGUACACAGUCAUCUACAAGUACACAGUCAUCUACACCUUCACAGUCAUCUACAAGUACACAGUCAUCUACAAGAACACAGUCAUCUACAAGUACACAGUCAUCUACAAGUACACAGUCAUCUACAAGUACCAAGUCAUCUACAAGAACACAGUCAUCUACAAGUACACACGAGUAUCCACUACAAGCUUGAGGAAGCAGUCCUCAACUUGA